AUGGCCCCGAUGAAGUUCCUUGCUCUUCUGGUCGCGAUUUCGGUCGCCCUGCUUGCACCCUCCGCUUAUGCGGAGUCCAGCGCGGCCGCCACUUCAGAUCUCGACAAGAUCGCCGCGCUCGCCGCAAGGCGUUUCUUGGGCGACGACCACCACGACCACCACGACGACGACCAUCACGACCACCACGACGAUCACCAUGACGACCACCACGACGAUCACCAUGGCGACCACCACGACGAUCACCACGAGAAGCCCAAGCCGAAGCUGACGUGCAUGGAGAAGUACAAGAUCAAGUACGCGGCGUGCGACACGAAGGAGGAGCAGUGCGUCGCCAAGGCCGAGGACGCGGACGAGAAGGAGAUGUGCGAGGCGCAGUCGACCAUGUGCGAGCGCAAGGCGUACAAGUCGUUCAAGAACUGCAAGUACGGCAAGUGGGGGUGCAAGGACUGGUGCCUGUACCGCCGCCGUCAGUGUCUCAAGUGGUACAAGGCGGAUAUGUGCGAGGAGAAGUACGAGGAGUGCGUGGAGAAGUGCAUGCCCAAGCCCAAGCCGUCGCCUCCCAAGGAGGAGCACGACGACCACCACGACGACCAUCACGAUGACCAUCACGACGACGAUCACCACCACCACGACCACCACGACGACUAG